AUGGCGAAGAAGGGCAAAGGAGAAAGGACCAACAAGCAGAAACUUGCUCCCGAGAAGGAGCGUUUCAUUCAAUGUUGUUCUGAUAUUACUUUGGAACUCAUAGAUUCAUUAACGAAUGGCUCUACAAGAGAAAUAAAUCUGAAUGGUUUGAUUACAAAGUUUUCAAAGCAAUACAAGUUGAAACAGCAGCCUAGGUUAACUGAUAUUAUAAAUUCCAUUCCCGAUCAGCAUAAAAAGUAUUUACUCCCUAAACUGAAGGCUAAACCUGUUCGAACGGCUUCCGGUAUUGCAGUGGUAGCUGUGAUGUGCAAACCACAUCGUUGUCCACAUAUCGCAUAUACCGGUAAUAUAUGUGUUUACUGUCCUGGUGGACCAGAUUCUGAUUUUGAAUAUUCUACACAGUCAUACACUGGUUAUGAACCGACCUCUAUGCGUGCUAUAAGAGCCAAAUAUGAUCCGUAUGAACAAGCUCGUGGUAGAAUAGAGCAGUUAAAGCAGCUUGGUCAUUCUAUAGACAAGGUGGAGUAUAUUAUUAUGGGUGGUACUUUUAUGUCCCUUCCUAAAGAAUACCGUGAAGACUUUAUUGUUAAGCUGCAUAAUGCGCUUUCUGGAUUUAGUGGUAAUAUUCUUGAGGAAGCCAUUGCAUAUUCCCAGCAAUCAUUAACAAAGUGUGUUGGUAUUACAAUCGAGACUAGACCAGAUUACUGUACAAGGUCUCAUUUGGAUGAUAUGCUCAAUUAUGGCUGUACAAGGUUGGAAGUCGGCGUGCAGUCGUUAUAUGAAGAUGUGGCUCGUGAUACUAAUAGAGGUCAUACAGUUAAAUCUGUAUGUGAAACGUUUGCUGUUGCGAAGGAUGCUGGUUAUAAAGUUGUUUCUCAUAUGAUGCCUGACUUGCCAAAUGUUGGUAUGGAAAGAGAUAUAGAACAGUUUAAAGAAUAUUUCGAGAAUCCAGCUUUCAGAACCGAUGGGUUGAAAAUAUAUCCAACACUAGUUAUAAGAGGUACAGGUCUCUAUGAACUCUGGAAAACGGGUAGGUAUCAGUCUUACAAUGCUAAUGCACUAGUGGAUUUAGUAGCUCGUAUAAUGGCUCUGGUUCCUCCUUGGACAAGAAUCUACCGUGUGCAGAGAGAUAUUCCAAUGCCGCUAGUGACUUCAGGUGUCGAAAAUGGUAACCUGAGAGAACUUGCAUUAGCUAGAAUGAAGGAUUUUGGUACUACAUGUAGAGAUGUACGUACCAGAGAAGUUGGUAUUCAAGAAGUACACCGUAAGGUCCAACCAGACCAAGUGGAGCUCAUCAGAAGGGACUACUAUGCUAAUGGUGGGUGGGAAACAUUCUUGUCCUAUGAAGAUCCAAAACAAGACAUUUUAAUUGGUUUAUUAAGGCUGAGAAAGGCUUCAAAAAAGUAUACAUAUAGGAAGGAAUUUAUAUCUCAGCCCACAUCUAUUGUGAGAGAGCUGCAUGUUUAUGGCUCAGUUGUACCACUGCAUUCCAGAGACCCAAGGAAAUUCCAGCAUCAAGGCUUCGGUACAUUGUUGAUGGAAGAGGCUGAAAGGAUUGCUCGAGAAGAACACGGUUCUCAAAAAAUCUCUGUUAUUUCUGGUGUUGGAGUAAGGAACUAUUAUGCCAGGUUAGGCUACGAACUUGAUGGUCCUUAUAUGUCUAAGUGUUUGGUGUAA